CAAUAUCUAGGGUUUUUCUCUGGUACCUGAAGAAGGGCUUGCUCCGAGGGCUGAUUUUCCUCACCAGCAGCAGUAGGAACCCUUGAUUCUCCCACCUGCUUCAACCAUGGCCGUCGGUAAGAACAAGAGGAUUUCCAAGGGAAAGAAGGGAGGAAAGAAGAAGGCUGCGGAUCCCUUUGCCAAGAAGGAUUGGUACGACAUCAAAGCACCUUCGGUGUUCAAUGUCAGGAGUGUGGGGAAGACCCUCGUUUCUCGUACCCAGGGAACCAAGAUUGCUUCAGAAGGGCUCAAACACAGAGUCUUUGAGGUCUCAAUGGCUGACCUCCAGGGUGAUGAGGAGCACGCUUACAGGAAGAUUAGGUUGAGAGCUGAAGAUGUUCAAGGGAAAAAUGUUUUGACAAAUUUCUGGGGAAUGGAUUUUACAACUGAUAAGUUGAGAUCUUUGGUACGUAAAUGGCAAACCUUGAUUGAAGCUCAUGUAGAUGUGAAGACUACAGAUAGCUUCACUCUUAGGUUGUUCUGCAUUGGUUUCACUAAAAGGCGUCCAAACCAGGUCAAGAGGACCUGUUAUGCUCAGUCCAGUCAGAUUAGACAGAUUCGUCGCAAGAUGAGGGAGAUCAUGGUUAACCAGGCAACCUCAUGCGAUUUGAAGGAUUUGGUUCAGAAAUUCAUCCCUGAGAUGAUUGGCAAAGAGAUUGAAAAGGCAACUAGUAGCAUCUACCCAUUACAGAAUGUUUUCAUCAGAAAAGUCAAGAUCUUGAAAGCUCCAAAGUUUGAUCUUGGAAAAUUGAUGGAGGUUCACGGUGAUUAUUCAGAAGAUGUUGGAACAAAGGUGGAAAGACCAGCGGAAGAGGCUGUUGCUGAGCCACCUGCCGAAGUGGUUGGAGCUUGAGGAAUCUUAUUAUGAUCGGCCAUCUUAAUUUUAUUCUAGAGUUCACAAUUUUUUUUCUUUUUUGUUUGUGGGUACUUUGUAGAUUUUCUUCCCGUAGAGGGAGUCAAUGGUCUUGACAGUACAAUUUUGCUCUCGUACUUUCUAAAUUUUAAUUUACAUUCACCUCGAA